UCUCGAGGCCAGACAUUGCUCAAUGUAAAUAGUAGCUGUGUAGAAUUUUCUGUGCUCAUUCCUACCAAGUAGUUCCGUUGAAAAGGUGAAGAAAUUUCGUUGAGGUACAAUGUAGUUCUUUGUGAAGAGAAAAUUAUCUUCGGCAGUUGAACAUCGGCAGUUGGACAUCUGCGCGUUUACCCUAGGAUAAACUCCACUUGAUACCAGUUGACACCGGAGGCUAGUACAACUCAUCAACAAAAGAUGCGAUUGUUCAAACCAUCCAUACAAGGCUAUGAAGCUCAGGCCCCGAUAGAAGAGGCAAGCAACAAUGUGGAAAUCUCCGAUGCGCCGACUGGUUACGAUAAUAUGCAGGACUUGAACAUUUCGCUGGGUUGUACUGCCGUGCCUAUUUCAUUCCCGCCUGACAGUAGUAUUAUGCAGGAGAUGGAGGAAUUACUAGCCCACGCUCCAAACGCCUGGGGCACACUAGCGGUGCAUGGAGACCUGGGCUUGGCUGCAGGGGAUGAAGAGCUGAUGGAUUUCCUAGUCGAAUUGCUACAAGCCGAAAGUCCGGGAAGUGAAAUGACUGGCCCAGCAGAUGAUCAAGUGCCAGUAAGCUCAACAGCUUCCAACAUGACUUCUUCCGGCAGUGCUCAUGCUGAGUCUGCCACUGCGGAUAAACAACAGCAGGAGCAAGGUACCGUCUCAGACCAUCCGUUUCCUGGUAUUCCAACGAAUUUGAAUGCACAUGGUUCCGAUUCCACCGGGCCACCAUCACUGCCAGGACCUGACCAUAUGCAAACUCCCCGCAAUCACGAGCAAGGGAUGAAUGGAGGUGUUAACGUCGUGACGUCAUCACUGCAUGCUACGUCACUACCAAUGAAGGAGCGGCCCUUUGCGUGUAGUCGUGAAGGAAUACCGGGAAAUGUGAAUGCACAUGGUUCCGAUUCCACCGGGCCACCAUCACUGCUAGGUCCUGACCAUAUACAAACUCCCCACAAUCACGAGCAAGGGAUGAAUGGAGGUGUUAACGUCGUGACGUCAUCACUGCUUCCUACGUCACCACUACUGAAGAAGCGGCCCUUUGCGUGUGGUCAUGAAGGCUGCAGUCGCCGCUUCCCACGCAAAGACGAGCUGAACCGCCACACACGUACGCAUACAGGCGAAAAGCGGUUUCAAUGCGAAAUUUGCAAUACAUGGUUUUCAAGGAAGGACCAUCUCACGACACACUUCCGCACACAUACCGGGGAGAAGCCAUAUCAUUGUCCGCAUUGCCCUAGUCAGUUUGCCCGGUCUGACGGAAGGCUACGCCAUAAGAAAAAAGUUCACAAAUUGCUAGAAUCAAGCGCAGCAUUAGGAGUGCAGCACGGACACUCACCAGGUCUCGGUGGUACGCCUUUGGCUACAAACAUGGUGAGCUUGGCAUCACUGCCCGCACUGAGUACAGCCAGCCAGUUCUCUGCCACAGCAACUCCGCCGGCUAGUACUAGUAGUGCAGCCUCCGCUAGACCUUUUAAUGGGACUGCUGCAUCGAUGGGCACCGCCGCCGCCGCCGCCGCGACACAGCAUCAUAAUUAUUCCAUGGCUGUCUCAUCCACGGUAAACGUACGGCAGCCGCAGGAGGAACAUCAUUUGCAGCAGCAGCCACAAGGCCAGCAGUACCAGAACCGUCAGCAUCUGGCUCCAGAUGUGGUUCCAGAACCAGAGCAGAGUGCUGGCAUGAUUGGUCAAGCGGACAUUCCUCGUGGAUAACUUCGGCUCAGUAUCCAAAACAUCGUCUAAUCGCAUAAGGACAACAUAUGCUGCGUUGUGGACUGGUCUGGACUGGCAUGCUAUUGCCAAUGUAGUGUAUAUUUAGUGUAUGUGUAUGUGUAUGUGAGAAAAGGGAGAGAGAGUGUGGGUGUAUGUGGGUGUAAUGGUGUGGGCAUGUGUGGAUUUGGCAUUUAAA